UACAUAUAUCUCUCGCAAAUAAAUUGUCGAUGGUUUAUCGCGCUACGACACGAUAGAAGAGGAAGUACGCCGAGGAGAAGUUGUUGUUUCCCAGCUGGAAAAUCGUAAAGCAGAACAAAAGCAUUUUCUUUUCUUCAAAUUAAAUAGCCCGUGAUCAAAAACGCAAGAGGUGCGAGUGAGAAGGCAACAAAGAGGCGAGCGGUUAGAGCACACCUGGAGCGAUUGUGCGCCUUGAGCAGUGAAACGGUUGUGUUUUGUGUGCACCCUUUUUCUUAUCAACGUCGUCGUCGAGAGUAUUGAUACUAACGUGCGACGCAAAAAUGCUCGUAACAGUCAAGACGUUGGAUUCGCAGAAUCACUCCGUUAACUGCGACGAGAAUAUCACAGUACGUGGUUUCAAGGAACACAUUGCGGAUAUAGUCUCCGUCCCGGCUGAUUCCCAGAGACUGAUUUUCUGUGGCAGAGUUUUGCAGGAUGACAAGAAGCUCAGUGACUAUGGAGAUGUGGAUGGAAAAGUUGUACACUUGGUGCAACGUCCUCCACCACAGCCUGAUACACCACGCAACAGCAGCAAUGAGAACUCAAGACAGAGCAAUGGCCAGUGGACUCAAGGUGGAUCAAGAGUUCAAUACAGGGGACUUCAUAGGAAUGCAAUGUACUUGGGUGCAAUGUCUAUGCCUGCAGAGGUUGUUGAAGGCCACGGCUUACCAACUCCGCAGUUGAGCAACACUUUAUCUAACAGUAGAUUGGUAUGUGCAAGGCGUAUGUUAAAUAAGGCAAUGCAGCUGAUGGAUCGUUUAGAUGAUCCAUCAAUCCCUCUGCAUCCAAGUCCAACUGAAAAUAGUGCUUCAGAAGCAGAACCUCAAGCCACAGCACCUGAAGAUGAAGCAGAACAAGAUAGUAGUAUAAAUAGAAAUGAGAAUGCCAGGAUAGCAAUGGAACAAGCUGCAUCAGCAGUAGCUGCUGCUUUUUCUUCAGGUUCUGCUCUUAUUAAUAUUAGAUUAUCACAAGAAAAUGAAGAUGGCCCUACAGUCAAUGCUGAAACAGUAGCCAGAGCUUUUUCAGAACCAAGUGCACCACCGUUGGAAACUUCAGAAUCAGAGGAACAAGAACCCGAGAGAUCAGAACCUCAAAGAUCAGAAAAUGGUAGGGCAGAACCGAGUGCUUCCACAAGUGGCACAAGUAGAAGAGCGUCUCCUCAAGUACCUCGUCCACCACUGAUGGCUGAGCUGUUGGAAAGAUUGAUUGCUACCCAAGACCGACUACGACCAUACAUUGAACGCUACCGUGCUUUGAUGUCGGCGGACCCUGCGCUUACCUCAGGGCAAAAUGGGCCUGAGGGUGUUACGGAAAAUCAGAGGAUAGUGGAUGGUGUCAGCGAAUGUUUACACUACUUGUCCCAUGCUAAUCAUGCAUUAAGUGAUAUAAUUGUAGAUAUGGGGCAGCAGCCUCCACGUAACUUGCGUUGUCGGCCAAUCGUCAUACAACACUCUGCUAUAUUACAAACUGGAAUUCCCAUUCAAGUUGAGACUAUUCCCGUUCGAUUGCAGUCUCACGUCAAUGUAACAGCUCGAAAUUCAUCCAAUAACAACAAUGCCACCAAUGAUGAAGGGAACGAAGCCACUCGACCUUCGUCCCCAACUUCAGGUACACAAGAUCAAACAGGUACGCCAAAUAGUGCCAAUAGUAGAUCAACAUCUCAUAGUACUAGUGGGCCCAAUCAAGCUUCUGUGUUAGGUACUCUUCUCAACUUGAAUCUGCCAAGCAGUGUUGAAGUGUCAAUGGAACUCAGCCCUCAAAGCACAAUGGAAUUUAGUUCCUCUGGUGCAACUAAUGGGUCAGAAAAUGAUCAAGCCCAAAAUAGCAACAGUAAUGGUGCAAAUGCUGCUUCCAAUGCCAACGCUACUCCAAUGACGUUGAUUCGUGAUGCGCUCCAGAGUAUAUUAAGUGGCAGACACGCGCAAGUUGAGACGUCUAACGGUGGUGCGACGAUCAAUGCCACGGCAAAUAUGCCGGCAUUCAUGGCGCUCGUUGGCCAGCAAAUGGACAUUGGCACUGCGAAUUCAGGACAGAGCACUCAAGCAAGAAGCAACAUUGGCACUCAUCCAACCACGUCAACGCAAACACGUAGCACGGCGCGGCCGCACGUUCUGCACCCUCAUACACAUCCACUCAACGUUGGUAUGGGAAUGGGUCAAAGUCUCGAGUUUGAUCUUUUCCUUCCGUGCAAUUCGCAUCACUUACGCAGGCAAAAUCAACAACAACAAGCAGAAACCAAUGUGACCACUUCUCAAGCCAGCCCAACUGGGCAGCAGGCGGCUAGCUCGGAAAACAGAUCACAGUCCUCAACACAAUCGUCAUCCACUUCAAGAACUGUACCUCUACCACAAGAAAUAAAUUUCACGAUUGACGGCGAUGCAAAUGCUGCUGGUGCAUUCCUAGAUUCUAACCGUCGAGAGGCUUUUGCUAGUGGUCUGGGAUUAGCCAUGACUCUGAGUGAAUUAUUCCAGUCUCCAUCCAGUGAUGUGCGCAUCUCAGUUAUUGGAAGCGAUCCCAAUGGUGGAGAAAUGCACUUUACACCAACUAAUGAUAUACCACUGGCAGAUUUGCUGAGAACAUUUAAUAUACGACAUGAAGAAUUUACAGGACGCGACUUUAUGACCGAUCUUUGGUUAUUUGUGCUUAGAAAUAUCACUUUCAAUGGGCUCAUGCAAAUCAGCACAGGCCAAACAGAACCCCUAGUAAGACUUCGUCGUCCUUUUCGAGAAUUUUUGGAACAUUCCUUCCCUAACACAACGGUUGAUUCCUUACAAGAACAAGUUGUUGAGCAGGUAGUCUCGUUCAGUAGGCUAUUUCUUCAAGUACUAGAUGUACCUCAAGAGCAAGCUGGUAGACGCGUAGAUAUACCUGGUACAAUCGAAGUUAUGCUACGAAAAUUCUGCUCAGAAUUCCUCAAAGUUUUGUUUAAUAAUGAUUUCGACAACAUAACUUUUGCACAAGAGGUAGUGAACUUGGUGAAGAAGUUGGAGGAUCAAUCGAGCGCAGUUCUGCAGUAUACUCUCAGUGGAGGCCAAACAGCUCCUGAAACUAUUGCGUCACGUUUUAUUAAUCAACUUACAGAGGGAUUACAUCCGUUGUUCCAACAAACCCUGUUAGGCGUACUCAGUGGAAGAAUACAUACCUAUGUGACUCGAACGAGCCAGUUGUCUCAGGAGGAAAUAGCGUCUAUGCUAGUGUUUAAGGAUGAACCAUCAGCUCCGCCAGAAGAGGUUGUGGAGGAGGAAUCGAAUGAAUCACAGCCUCAAGUUAAAGAAGAACCCGAGAUCAAAACACAGCCAUUAUCACGACAAAAUGAUCAGAUGGCAUCUCCAAAAAAGAAAGAAGUGAAGAAAGAGACAGUAGAAAUCAAGCCUGAACCCAUGGAAACAGAUUCUGAGACUAAAACAGGAGACUCUAUGAUGGACUUGGCUGAAGGAGAAGAAAUACCGGAGACGUUCCCAGGAGCCGAACACUUACCUCCUGAAUGGGUGCCGAUAAUAGCUCGGGACGCGGUGCGCCAGCGCAAGCAGGCCCAGCUGGAGAGCCUCCAAGGUGGUCCGUUGCCCUUCAGCGACGCCUACCUAAGCAUAAUGCCGUCCAAGCGACGCAAGCUCAUCGAGCAACAGAAGCCACAGCUGCUGGUCUCGCCCACGAGCGCCACCGGAGGCUCGGCGAUCGGCGCUUCGGUCGAGCGACUCGUGCGGGAGGGCAUAAACCACGCGCCGGUGGACGAAAUCCAGGGAGCCGCCCACGCGGUCUCGUCAGCGCCGGCGGUCAGGAACGCCUUCGGCCAGGCGAUCAAGGAGUGCCUGCACCCAGCCAGGCUGAAGACGCCAGACUUCCCGAACUCCAGGAGGUUCCCGAACGCGAGUAAACUGUUUGCUGGCGAGACCGAGAAGAAGUCCUCUCCGCAGAAGCCAGAACAGUCGGACGAGUCGGCGGCAGCUUCGAGGGACACCAUGACGACGGGGACGGAAGCAAACCCGACGGGGAGCGACAAGUAGGACCCGGCACCGGCCAUGUCACGGCUCGGCCUCGUCGUAGCCUUCUCCUUUUGUUUCAUCAGCCUGGUAGUCGCGCUUGUCCUGGCGGUACUGGAUCCGUGAAGAGUGUGCAACUGCAUGUCCACGGUUUUUCGCUGCACAUUUACAAGCACGUGCCUGUGGGCUUUGCCCAAGUAGGCUGGUGAUGAUUUUUUUUUUUUUUUUCCUUCUAUUUUUCUUUUGUAUUCGAAAAUGUUGAGAGCUGGUCGAUUGAGUUUGUUUUUCUGUUUUUGUUUUAAUUUUUGUUCGCGUGCUAAUACUUUUCGAGAAAUCCGUGUGGUCAAACAGGUGACGGUGCCGGUGUCGAUGAGAAACUUUGGACUAGUUUUCCAUUUUAUUCACGGACAGGUUUAAUAAACUUUUUAAGAUAAAAAAACAGUUUUCCGGAAAGCUUAUUGCAGAGUCUUGUGAAAGGUGCAUAAAUUGCCGGGUCGUCGGAUAGGCAGUAAAAGAAAAUUUUUAUGGCUACUGUUUCUGAUGCUUAACACUACGCUGGCCUGAUGAUUUGACAUCAAUCUCAUGUGACCUUUUGUAUAACGUUCUGUAAUACGACUUUAAACGAGGUAUGUUAGAAAACAAAUUUUCUGUGCUUUUUUAAUUUGAUUUGGUGACUCAGUCGUGAAUGUUUUCAUAAAUACAUGUUAAUUAAAAAUUAUUGAUAGAAUAAAAAAAUUUUUUUAAAAGUACAGAUAGGAAUAAUGUGAUUUUGCAUUUU